CUCGUAGCUUAUGGGUCUAUUUGGAGAAGCGAUUCAGCGUCGCUAACGGACCGCGUUUGCAGCAAUUGAAAGCUUCUAUCUCGGCCUGCAAACAGACGAAGAACAUGAGUGUUGAUCAUUACUACACCAUGUUAAUGGGACUGUAUGACGAAUUGUAUCGGUUGAAACCUCUGCCGGUUUGUACGUGCUCUAAUUGCACGUGUAAUAUUGUUGGGAAGAUUGAGGCCGAACGUGCUGAAGAACGGCUUCACCAGUUUCUUGUUGGCAUAGAUGACGAGUUAUAUGGCACUGUACGUUCGAAUUUACUCUCCCAGGACCCCCUGCCCAAUGUCGAUCGCGCUUACCAAGCCUUUGUUCAAGAAGAGACGUCACGUGCUGCUAUUCGUGAGAAGACCGUUGCGGCCGAUGUUCAUGCCUUCGCUCUGCCAAUGGACCGUUCUGCCAAGGGUCGCGUUGAAAAAUCUGAUCGUCCCAGGCCAACGUGCAGUCAUUGUAAACAGAAAGGUCAUGAAGUGGGCUCGUGCUUCAAGUUACAUGGGUAUCCGGACUGGUGGGAAGACCGGAACCGCCACAAAAGUACUCCGACUGGCCGUGGAGGGGGGGUUAGCACGAACGCUGUAGCGGCUACCCUACUGCCAG